CGCGGUUGUAAAUGUCAUUUCAUUUCCAGUUUUCUUGUGUCAGCUAUUUUGUGUCAGCAAAAGAGGAUUCAGUGAUCACAUCCUCAAGUUAUGUUUAAUUAUAAAAUAGCGCCAAACUAUAGCGCAAAUCAGCUGCCCUACGAGACAACUUAAUAUUUGGCGCUGCACAACGCUGCGCAUCUAACGAAUGUACACAAUUGUGGGGUAUCUAAGUCUACUGGAAGAAAGCUGCGACUGAUUUUUGAGAUAAAUAAAGAUAUUCUCGUGAAAUUGUGUUCUGUGCUAAGGGCUUUUUGCAAGUUUUAGAAAAUAAUAUGACUGACCCCGAUAUUCCCAGUGUUCCAGUAACAACUUUGGCUUGUUUGACAAGUUUGUCAGAUUUACUUAGUGAACUUCCAGUACCAGACACAUUGGCAAGUGUCACUUCUUUAAAUAAAUCCUUGUUAUUUCACACAUUGGUUGCUAAAGAAUCCAACAAUUUGUUAUCAGUGCGUGAUGAUAAUUUAGUAAAACAGCUGGUGCAUGCUAUUGAACAGACGAACUCUGAAAUAAUAGAACUAAAAUCACAGUAUGCAAUCGAACAAUUUGGUACUAAUAUAAAUACGUAUCCAGAACUACUGCAGGGUAUUUACAGCUACAACCCUACCGUGUUUAAUGCUAAUAAUGGCAAAUUGAAUCAGAAAAAUAAACAACAAACUCAUCAGCAACAACAAGAACAGUGGUACAAUGUUGUUCACGGGCAAAGAAGUGGCGUUUCAACGCAACAGUCUGAUGACCUGCAACGGAUUGAACAACAAACGACCCUGGAUUCAAAUAAUCCUGCUAUAUCAAAGAAUUUGAAUAGUGGCAGUUUUCCAACAAUGGAAAUGACUUCCAUUCAAAACAAUAAUUGCGAUGUGCAUACUCCGAGAAAACGGAAAAAUCAAAAUCUAACAGAACAAAAGCCCACCCUUCCGGGAGAAGAACAAAAAGCUGCUUUUGAAAGUACAGUAUCUUUCCAAAACACGGGUUCCUUGCCAGCAACGAUUAAUCCACAAAUUACUAAUAAUAUUACAACUGUAAAUGAACAAAAUUUAACCCCAACUAUACCAGUAGCCGGGACAGAAAAUUAUCAAACUGCAAAUUUUACUCAAAUGCCAGAUAGUAAAUGCACAAUUACAACAGGUGUGUUAAAUGCACAGCCGCCGGUAAAUAAUGGAUAUACCCAACACAAUUUCAACGCACAAGCCUUAGCAACUCCAUUUUCAAGCGACUUGAACACUAACCAAGGGUCUACGCUGAAGACCAUAAAGAGUGAAACCGGAUGUGAGGCCGCGAAGACCAAUGCAGAUUCUGUUAGUAAAUCGUCUGAGGUAGCUAACGUUAGGGUAUGUAUAAAUAGACUUAAGGAAAAAGACGCAUCUCUCAUGCAAGAAAGCAUAAAAAAAUUUGUAAAGAAAUCACCAGAGUCUGCAAGAAAAUUCGGUUUGAUAAUUCCACCUGAAUUGCAGACUCCAAAGCAAGAAGUAGAAGUAGAAAAGAUGGAAACCACAACAACAACGGCGACUACAUCUGUGCCACCCACUGUACCACCACCAACUGUGUUACCUGCUCGAAAUGCGAAACAAUUAACCAAAGCAGCAGAGAACGAUGACGCAUUUAACUUGAUGAAGACAAAUGAAAAACCACUCGCUGUCAAACGGAAACUUCCUCCUUCAGUUGACGAAGUGCCGCCUGAACAGAUACACUCACAACCGAAACUACGUUGCGUCGAACGCAUUGUCUCAACACCGUCUUCGAAGUGUUCCAAAGACGAAAUUUUACGAUCACAAACGUAUCAGCAAUUUAUGCGCAAUUUGGAGCAAAUCAUUGAGACGCUGGACGACACAGAAGUUCCAAAUUUCGAUACCGACGAUGUGGACGAGAACAUUGAAUGUAUUUCGUCCAGAAUGCUUAACAUAAUGAGCAACGACAUCGCCAAAUUAAAAGCCAAGUACGUUUUGGAUGUUAUACCGAAAAAUAAAUUGGCUCUGUUGGUCAAUUACGCUAUGCGAAAUGUGUAUUUGGCGAAGAAUUAUUCUGCUGGCCCAGACGAUGAAGACGACAUUGUGGAUGACGAAAUAAUGGAAAAGAUUUUAAACGGAAUCGAAGCUUGUCUACUGAUUUGCAAUAUUUAUUGCACUUCAAAGGAUAUUAAGUUCUUGCAAGAAGAUCACAUUUCGCUUAUUAUCAAAUUCAUGCAUUUCCAAUUUCGCGAGACGAUCUUUCCAUCAUAUGAUCCUGUCUACACAGUUAAAAGUAUGAAAAAGACAGAUAACCGUAAGAAAUCGAAAAUCUAUCAAAAUUACAAUCGCAGUCUGCAAUUGCUAUACUCAAAGGCCACAGAGCUAAUGAAAGUGUUCGUGACGCUUUUCGACAAAUAUAUUUUCGUCGAUACCAUCAUACUACCACUAUCGACCCUGUCUAUCGAACCAUUUUUUGUGGACAAUAUCGAAACUUUGCAAUUUGUAUGUUUGGAAUUGGUCACGACGCUCUUUCGCAAAGAGGAAUAUGUAAAAAUACGCAGCAGUAUACUUGGUGAUAUACUGACCUCCAUCGAUCGUUUGCCGUCUUCGAAGAAAAAUCUACGCCCCUUCAAACUAAUCAACAAUAGUGGGAACAUCCAAAUGGUGACCGCAUUAGUGCUACAGCUCAUUCAGUGCGUUACGAUUUUACCCGAUGUCAUGAAUAGCAAUUCGCAGAAUAAACGCAAGUCUUUGCCGCAAUACGGCGAUAUGGCAAAUCAAGCGGCCGGCUUUUCCACACAAACCGACAGACAAAAUAUCGAUGUGAUUGUGUUGAAAAAAUACGAAAUCGCCAUAAGUAUAGGUGGAAAUUUCCUAACGACAUUUUUAAAUAAGUGCAAAUCUCGGUCCAAUGAAACCGAUUUCCGUCCAAUUUUCGAGAAUUUCAUCUACGAUCUCCUCGCCACUGUAAACAAACCGGAAUGGCCAUCAUCCGAAUUAUUGCUUUCACUCUUAGGCACAAUGCUUGUCCGUUAUGUUUCCGACAAAUCUAUAGAACAGAGUAUACGUUUGGUUUCAUUGGAUUACUUGGGUAUUGUGGCAGCACGUUUACGCAAAGAUGCCGUUGACUCACGCUACAAAGUGAAUGUCAUAGACUCAAUGAUACGGUAUAUUAAAGUGGAACAGGAGAAGGAAGGUGACUUGCCAUCCAGCAUUAAUAAGGUCGAAUUAAAGGAGGAUGAGCGUGUGGAAUUUCUGCAGAAAAUACUGCUGGACUUUUUAGCCGCUAAUGCACACGUGGACAAUCCCAUUUGGGAUUAUGCCCGUCACUUUUAUUUGACACAGUGGUAUCGUGAUAUAAUUUAUCAGCGCCGCAACAUCAACGAGAGCGCCAAGCGGGAUACAACGCGAAAGAAGAGUACGCGUAAAAGACGCACAGAAGCCGAUCUCUCCGGCAGUGAUAGCAACGACGACAGCGGCGAUGAUAUAAACUUCGAGAAUGUCGAUAGUCGUGUUGGUGGCGAUUGCACUAUGGCUGAUCAAGAAUUGAAUAUGGAACGUUUCAAUAUGCUUGAUAAACGCAAGCAAUGCUUGUUGAACAAUAUAAAUCCAUACUCAACGCUAGGCGAUUCCAAUCAUGCACAACACAUAAAAACAUAUAUCGAUUACAACAAUGCACAUUUAAUAGCGCAAUAUUUGGCCAGCAAAAGACCAUUUAGCAAAUCGUUCGAUGGCUAUCUCAAGAAAAUUAUAUUGGUUGUAAAUGAGCCGUCGAUCGCAAUUCGAACGCGUGCGAUGAAAUGCCUAGCGAAUAUAGUCGAAGUCGAUCCGAUGGUACUGCGGCGCAAAGACAUGCAAAUGGGCGUGAACCAAAAGUUCUUGGAUGCCGCUAUAUCGGUGCGUGAGGCGGCCGUCGAUUUGGUUGGUAAAUUCGUACUGAGCAACGAAGAGCUAAUUGAUCAGUAUUAUGAUAUGCUGUCGACUAGAAUUCUAGAUACGGGCGUAUCGGUGCGCAAGCGUGUCAUAAAAAUACUACGCGACAUCUGCAUAGAGUAUCCGACGUUUCAGAAAAUUCCAGAAAUAUGCGUGAAAAUGAUACGACGCGUCAACGACGAGGAGGGCAUACAAAAGCUGGUGACGGAGGUCUUUAUGAAAAUGUGGUUUACGCCGUUACAUAAAAACGACAAAGACGGCAUACAUUUGAAGAUCAAUCAGAUCAUCGAUGUGGUGAAUAUCGCACACGACACGGGCACGGCUUGGUUGGAGGGACUCUUAAAUAGCAUUUUCCAGCCCAAGGAGAGCGCAACCAAAGGCGAUGACAGCAUGAAAGAUACGCUGCAGAAGAAAACCGAGCCACCGGCUGAUAUCUUGCUGUCGUGUCAGCAGCUGGCCGACGGUUUGGUGGGGCGUCUAAUCGAACUGGAGGACACGGACAACACACGAAUGCUGGGCUGCAUCACCACACUGCAUUUAUUGGCGAAGGUGCGUCCGCAGCUGCUGGUACAGCACGCAAUUACUAUCGAGCCUUAUCUGAAUAUCAAGUGUCACCCGACAACAGCACCGAAAUUCAUUUGCGCCGUCGCUGACAUACUGGAAAAGGUCGUACCGCUGGUUAAUAACGCGAGUGAGUCGUUUUUAGCUUCGCUCGAAGAGCAUUUGAUGCUGUUGGUUGUGUCGCUGAAUCAGGCGGUCGUAAAGAGCUGUGUGUCCUGCUUGGGUGCGAUCGUCAACAAAAUAACAAAUAACUAUGCUUUGAUAAGAGAUUGCUUUCAGAAGUUUUAUCGCAUUUUAGAUCAAACCCGUAGUCAAAUAUUGCAAAAUCGACAAAUUAAUAACUUAAGCGCAGCUAUACGUCGCAGUCUCUUCACCAUCGGCAUACUGAUGCGUUAUUUCGAUUUCAAAUCGAAAGAGGUUGUGGGCGCCACAAACGGCCUAUCGCCGACCAUAUGCAAUGAUGUGUUCGAGUGUCUGAUGUUCUUUGCGCAAUAUCAAAAUCCGGACAUACGCAAAGAGGCGCUCAUCGCGUUGGGCUCAUUCUGUGUGAUGAACGAUUACUAUCUGACCAACACGAAGUUGAAGCGUUAUUACUGCGAUAUGCUGCUUUCGGAGACGAGCGAUGCUUGCUUCAAAAUCAUUUGUUUACGUAACAUUUGGAUAUAUCUGACUGAGUCGGAGAUGAAUAUGUUCAACAAGGAGAAGGAUUGGGAUAAGCAAUCGAAAACGGAGGAUCUGAAGGAAAUGAACGAUGUGUCGUCGGGCAUGUCGAGUCGUAUCAUACAAUUGUAUCUGCAAGAAAUAUUCGAAUGUUUCCUAAAUCUCGACGACAAUGUGCGUUUAUGGGCCGUCAAAGUUAUACAGAUUGUGCUGCGACAGGGCCUUGUACAUCCUGUGAAGACUGUGCCAUACCUUAUAUGCUUGAGCACGGAUUCGCGUGUCGAGUCUGCGCACAGAGCCGAUGCCUUGCUCAAAGACAUCGAUAAGAUGUACAAUGGGUUUGUGAAUAUGAAAGCACAGUUAGGCUUGCAGUUUAGCUUCCGUUUACAGGGUAUUUUGCAGCAGAACAACAAGGGUAAAGGCGCUAGCAAAGUCAUACGUGGCUAUGUUAAAAGGCAGAUGGACACAAUGCCCACGGCGCUAAAUGACUUCUUGUACACGCUUUUGCGUCCGAUAAAAACGCAAAGGCGUGCCCUGGUUCAAACGAUUGUCAAGCAGUUUGACGAUCAGAAAACUUCGCUACAGCAAAUGCUGUAUAUAGCGGAUAAUUUGGCUUACUUUCCCUAUGUGGUGCAAGAUGAGCCGCUUUAUUUAAUACAUCAAGUCGAUUUACUCAUAUCCAUUGUUGGUACUAAUUUGCUCACAACAUUUAAGGAAAAUCUUAAACCUAGCGUUAAUGUAGGCGAUGUUUUAGAAGAUGACGACGAUGAGGAUGAUCCCGAUAUAUUGUUCAAGCGUUUGCCGGAGAAUGCGUUCGAAAUGCAAAAGUGCAUAAUGUCGGCGCAGGCGUGUAUGCUGCUGUUAAUAUUAAAGGAUCAUCUAAAAAAUAUGUACAGUUUAACAGAUGGUAAAAUAUCGCGGUACUCACCAUCUGAACCGAAGUUAUACGAGAAGGCGGUAGUUCGUAAAACUGUAACAGAUUUUAAUCCUAAAACAACAAUAGAUAUUAUUAAGAAACAACAGGAGUCGAAGUUAGCUUCCAAUGUUGCAAUUGGGCAAACCAGUUUGAAUAAUGAUGAGCGUAUGGAUUUGGUUAUAAAAUAUUUAGAUUUUAAAAAGUUAAUGCUUAAACUGGAUCCCGACGAUGAGGAUUCCGAUGACGAGGGUCGCAAUAAAUCGAAAUUAAACUCAACAGCUAACACAUCACUGCUGAACUCGAGUUCGGCGAGCGCAAAUAAGUCCACAGAUGACAGCUGUUUAGAUGGGGAUAAAUCAAUGAAGCAGGAGAAUUUGACUUAAUUAAGUUUUGUGACUAUUGUAAGAUGAUGAUGAGUAAUAUAAUGAAAAKAUAUAUAUAUAUAAUCAUGUACAAACAUACUUUCAUAAAUAAACACAAAAAAAUUCACACAAAUU